AUGAUGUCAACAGAAAGUGCCAACAGCUUCACGCUCAUCGGGGAGGCGUCGGAUGGCGGCACCAUGGAAAACCUCAGCCGCAGACUGAAGGUCACCGGUGACCUCUUUGACAUCAUGUCCGGGCAGACGGACGUGGAUCACCCUCUGUGCGAGGAGUGCACGGACACGCUGCUGGACCAGCUGGACACGCAGCUGAACAUCACGGAGAACGAGUGCCAGAACUACAAGAGGUGUCUGGAGAUCCUGGAACAAAUGAACGAGGAUGAUAAGGAGAAGCUGCAAAUGGAACUGAAGGAACUUGCACUGGAAGAAGAGCAGCUGAUCCAGGAGCUGGAGGACGUUGAGAAGAAUCGCAAGGUUGUGGCUGAAGACUUCGAGAGAGUCCGGGCAGAGGCAGAGCGGCUGGAGCAGGAGGAAGCUCAGUAUCAGAAGGAAUAUUGUGAAUUCAAGAGGCAACAGCUGGAGCUGGACGAUGAGCUGAAGAGCGUGGAGAACCAGAUGCGCUAUGCCCAGAUGCAGCUGGAUAAGCUAAAGAAAACCAACGUGUUCAACGCCACCUUCCACAUCUGGCACAGUGGUCAGUUUGGCACAAUAAAUAACUUCAGGCUUGGCCGUCUCCCCAGUGUUCCUGUAGAAUGGAAUGAGAUCAAUGCUGCCUGGGGGCAGACUGUGCUGCUGCUCCAUGCCCUUGCUAACAAAAUGGGCCUGAAGUUUCAAAGAUACCGUCUUGUACCAUAUGGCAACCACUCAUACUUAGAGUCCCUCACAGACAAAUCAAAGGAGCUUCCCUUGUACUGUUCUGGAGGCCUGAGGUUCUUCUGGGACAAUAAGUUUGACCACGCGAUGGUGGCGUUCCUGGACUGCGUGCAGCAGUUUAAAGAGGAGGUAGAGAAAGGGGAAACCCGCUUUUGUUUGCCCUACAGGAUGGACGUGGAGAAAGGCAAGAUUGAAGACACAGGUGGCAGCGGUGGCUCUUACUCUAUUAAAACACAAUUUAACUCUGAGGAGCAAUGGACAAAAGCACUAAAAUUCAUGUUAACUAACCUGAAGUGGGGUCUUGCCUGGGUCUCAUCCCAGUUCUAUAACAAGUAACCACGGGAAGAACUCGUCCUGGCAGCUGCAGUGUCUGUGUUCCGUCGGAGAAAGUCACAUUAAGAUGUUUCUUAAUAUUAACCAGUACAAAAUGUUUACAAUACCAAAAAUCCACAAGACACUUUAUUUAAAAGACCCUUAUUACAAGUAGUAUAUAGAAAAGCAAUAUGUAAAGUUCUAUGGUGGAGCUGAACAGAAUAAAAAGUCAGCUAUUAAAU